AUGUCUUUCUUCGGCUUCGACACGUCGGGCCACAACAGGGCCGCGCCUGGGUUCUCCCAGGGCAACGAUCCUUUCGCUGGUCUCGGUCAACAGGAAACUGGUGGAGACACUGUCGACUUCGAAGACACAUACGAUGGCCUAGGUGAUCAGCUCGAGGAAGCUGGUGACGAGCUCAACGAUGACACCUUUGGCGGCGAUGCCGGUCCAAGCGGCGGUGCUGUCGGCAAAGACUUCGACUUCUUCGGCCGAACUGCUCAGGUCUCUGGUGCCAUCGACGAGGAGCACCUUCUGUACAGUCGCAACCAACCCGCUCCAAGGGCCGUCCCCGCAGCCCCAGCUCAGACCCAGCCUAUGGCAUCCUACGGAUAUGCCCAGCCAGCUUACAGACCUGUGCGAACGGGAUACGAGAAAUAUGAGGCGCAGAAUUCCAGCAUGGAUCUACAGGUCGACCCUACUCUGUGGGGUGUAGCUCCCACGCAGCCCUCGCCCGCUUCUGCCCAGGCCGCUCCGGCCCCCGCUCCAAAUGCUGGUCGCAAGGUUAUGAGCUUGGAAGAGGUCGAGGCGGCGAUGAGGGCGGAGGCACAGGCAAAGAGACAUGCUGCUGCGCAGGCCCCUCCGCAGCAGCCUAUGCAGCAACAACCUCAGAUGCAACAUCCAGCUCAGGGAGGCUUCGAGCAAAAUGAUUUCUACGCCCAUCCGAAUCGUAUCGAGCAGCAUCACGCCCAUGUCACGGACCACCAGCAGCAGCCUGACCAGGCACCUCAGUACCCUAGCCCGGGCCAUCCAGUGCAGAUACUCCAGCGGCCUCAGUCCAACUCUCAGCAGGCUCAGCCGCCCAUGCCAAACGUCCCGAGUCCCAUGCUCCAGCAGCACCAGCAAGCUCCUCAGCAGAUUCAACCCACGCAGAUCCUGCAGAAUCCCAACCGCAUGUCUGGCGACGCCGCUCGCAUAGGCCCUCAAGGGUACCCGACGCAUCCUAAUCAUCAGUCUCAGGCGUCCCUGGGCCACCAACCCAUCAUUACCCACCCGGCACAAUUGGCUCAGCUCUCUGAUACCGAGAAGGCUGCUUAUCUUGAGCAGGAGGCACGAAGGGCCAAGCGCAAUCACAAGAUCUUCCUUUUGUCUCGUGAUAACGGCAUCAUGACGCCCCAUGACAAGAACUUCAUCACCCGAAUCCAGCUCCAACAGCUUGUCGCGGCGACAGGCAACCCGGCUGAUCACGGCACCGACGAGGCUCUCGCAGAAGAUUUCUACUACCAGGUCCAUAAUCAGAUUCGCGGUGGUCAGCGCCAGAACCCCAGCCAACCGCUGAAUAAUUUCGCGCAGACCUACUUAUACCAGACCGGCAAUCGACAAGGUGGUAACCGUCGUCACCGUAAUGGCCCUGAGAACCACAUGCAGCGCAUGGAGCAGCAGGUCCAGCGAGCCGUAGAGGCAGCCAAGAACAAGCCCAAGAACUCCCAGCUUGUGAUUGAGGGUAGUCUCGGAAAGAUCUCUUUCAGCAACGCAAAGACUCCAAAGCCGCUUUUAAACAUCAAGCGGACCGAGAGCAGCGGUGAUGCCAACCGUCAGCCUACCCCGCAUAAGACGCACAGCCCUGGCUCUGGCUUUAACAAGAAGGCAGUGCUCGCUGAUGUUGAGAAGGUCUACAACACACUGAUGAAGCUGGAGGAUCACGAGCGCUUGAUGCCGCCACCUGUGGCUGACGAGGGCAACACGGAGCUGAUUGAGCAACAUGUUGCUUGGCAGGAGACGAGCCAGAAACUCAACGAGAAGCUUUGGCGUGAGCUCAAGAUUCACGAGCCCGUUCCCGCCGGAGCUUCCAUUCAUCCUUUCAUUGCGAUGUUAGAGACUGCCAAGGGCAAGAAGGCUUUGACACGCGUCUUCCGACACGUCAACCUCGAGCAGCGCACUACGAUUCUUACGAUCAUCAUUGUGAAUCUCGACAAGUUUGAUGUUGUUCGACGCGGUUCAGUCACUGACGGGCACAUUAACCUCGACGCUAAGCUCCGCGAGGACAUUGAGCUAUUCAGCGUCGCCGUGUGCAACACACUGUUUGUCUUUAUGGGAGAACUAGGUCUCGACAUGAUCACUGGGAUACUGGGUCUCUUCUGCUCCGAAGUCAACGUGGACCUCGUCGCCAGAACCCGCGUCGGCGUGAGCUUCUUGACCAUGAUCCUCAGUCGUGCAGAGAUCAUGAUCCAGACGGCUGGCGGUCGAGAUGCUAUCCGGACCCAGGACGGUGGUGCAUGGGAGCGCAACUAUUCAAACUUCUUCAACCAGCUGGAGCCAACACUUCCACACGUCUUCCCUGGCACACCCGCAUCAGGCGAGGAUGGCUACGUGUGGCAGCUCCUAGCAGCCCUUGGUAUCGGUGCCAAUGCGGAGCAGCAGCAGCGCCUUGUCGUCGCCGUCAAGGAUCGUGUGCUCGGAACUGUUGAAGUUGCCAAAACUCUGCCGCAAGACCUUGCAGUACAGCGCCUUGCUAAUGUCAACCUGUUCAUGCAGGCCAUCGGCCUCGACGUGUCACUCCUCGGGUAG